UUAGAUCACCUGACAGAAUGGUUAUAUACAGAGCACAGUGAGUUAAUGAACUUAUCUAGAAACAUAGACGUUGUAGGUAGGGAUACAGAUAUGGAAGCAUAUGAGCAAAUUCUUCAGCUUGGCAGAGGAGGAGCGGGUGUCGUCUUACUGAUGAGACACAAAGAAACAAAGAAGCUCUGUGCUGUGAAGAAAAUACGAAUUGACAACUCCCGAAAAAUAACGUCCAAAGACAGCGUGCUGCAAGAGGCUGAAAUUCUGAGGAGUCUCAAACACCCCCAUAUUGUCACAUGGAGCGAGACUUUCUUUGAUCCAGCAGACAAGCACAUCUGGAUUGCUAUGGAUUACUGCGAUGGUGGGACGCUGGAUGACCAGAUCAAAUCCAGAAAGGUGGAGGACUAUUUCUCUGAGUGUACAGUUAUGAAAUGGUUUGUGCAGAUUGUCAUGGCGGUCAGUUAUAUUCAUUCUGUAAGAAUUCUGCACAGAGAUAUUAAGCCCUCCAAUGUCCUGCUAACUAAGAGGGGGGUGAUUAAGUUGGGAGAUUUUGGAAUAUCCAAGAUCAUGAACCACACCAUGGACAUGGCCUCGACGUGUGUCGGGACACCCAGCUACCUCAGCCCUGAGCUGUGCCAGGACGUUCCAUACAGCACCAAAUCUGACAUAUGGGCUCUUGGCUGCUUACUCUAUGAGCUUUGUGCACUCAAACCAGCUUUUACUGCUAAGAAUCUGCUGAAUUUGUUUUUUAAAAUCAUAAAGGGUGAAUACAGCCUGGUGCCUCCUGGCUUCUCAGAUAACCUUCAUUCCCUGAUCGAGAAGAUGCUGUGCUUGCUUCCUGAGAACCGACCAAAUGCUAGCUGCAUCCUGGCCAUGUCCUAUGUGCAGGAACAUCUGGAACUGUUCAUUCAGCAUCAGGAGACAGAACUGACAAAGGUUAAUGCUGAUCCAGUACCCGCUGGGAGUGAAGAUGCCACAUUAACCGGGAGCGAUACUGUUCGUAUGAAAGAGCCUGAUAUAGAUGAUGAUGGGAAUAUGGCAGUAAAUGUUCAAGCCCCUGUUAUUGCAGAGGACGAAGGGACGCAUGCUGGGACCGAGUCUGAAUAUUCAGAAGACUUUGAUGAAAAUGACAGCAUGUCUUCCAAUGAAGAUUAUUCAAAGAAGAAUUCCUCCUCCUCCUCUGGUUUAGAGCAAGGAGGAGUCGCGGAAGAGCUGCAUGUUUCCCCUGAAGAUGCGGCUGAUACCGAGUACCCAGAUGACUUUGAGGAUGAGGAUGAUUUGGCUGAAGUUGUGAGCUGUGCUCGGAAUGCCAUGCAGACUCCUCCAGGAGGCGAUUCCCUGGAGCUGAAAGACAGCAACGGUUCUUUGGUCACUGUGAGAACUCUGCGAGAGAAGUACAUUGAGGACGUUGGUCCUUCGCUUUACGAGGAAAUCAGUGAGCAUUUUGUGAACGGCUUGAAACCAGAAGACCUUCAGCCACAGUUCCGGCACGUGGUAGGGUCUGACCAUCUGGAAACCUGUUACCUCAUAUUCAACAUCGACCAAGAGACCACGUGCUGAGUGAGAACGCAGGCUUCUUCAAGACUUUCAUAAAACUGAUAAAGGAAAUUAGGUUAGAACACAGGAAUAUUUACUUGGGUUAAAUUAUCUAUAAGAAAUAAGAAGAAACCAGAGCUUUACGAAAAAAAAAACAUUUUCUAAUAAUAUAAUCCGAGAAUGAUAAUUAUAUAUAUAUACAUAUUACAAUAUAGUGUAGCUGGUUUUGUUUUGAGUGUCAAUUUUUUUUUAUUACCAGCAGGUGGCAGUGUAUAGAUAGAAAAUUCAUUUGAGAGAACAAGAGUGUGCUUUGAGUGUGCUAUCUUUUGUGUGUAUGAUGCAUUAAAUUUCCUGUAUUUAUUAUAUGUCUUGACAAAUGGUUAUGUCUGCUGUUAUGAUGAUGAUGAUGACGACGAUGAUGAAGAGUAACAGUGGGGAGAAAGGGGAGAAAAAACAAAGAAAUACUGCCCGAUACUGAUACAGAAAAAGAUUUAGUAACAUAAAUAAAUCAAAUUAAAUGAACAACAGGUAACCCGACGGUCAUAACCCAUUUAUAAAUAAAAUGCUUUAGAUG